ACGGCCGCAUUUCCUGCCAUGGACAGGCUGUCAAGACAACUGCAGCCCGAGUCAGCAAGAGAUACCGGGUAUAUGUCCUUCCUGUUGCAGUUGUUGGCUCCACUGAUGUCAGCAUAUCCCCCAUGUCUACAAUAAAUUGAUCUGGACGGUGUGGGAAACAAAAUGAUCGUGCUGGUCAUUCAGGAGCUGUCAGGGUCGAAGAGAGUUGUGUCGUUAACAGUGCAGCGGUGACUCCUCACCUUUUAGAAGUAAAAGUUGAAGAUUAAGAGAAUUAAAGUGUACCAAUUCUUCUUGCAUCAGCAGCUCGCCAGCCUAGGGCAAUGGGAUAUGAUAUAGAGCGCUUUGUUGGAUACGUCAAUGAUGGUCUGCUGUGCUGUAUCUGUCGGGAUGUGCUGGAGAAUCCACUGCAGGCACCCUGCGAACAUGCCUACUGUACCUCCUGUAUCCAGGGAUGGUUGGUUCAUCACCACAACUGCCCUGAAGACAGGCAGGUCCUUGAUUUAUCCAUGCUACGACCCUUAUUCAGGUACAUGCGAAAUGACUUGAAUCGACUGCAGAUCCAGUGCCGCAACAGAGAACAUGGCUGUGAAAUGGUGUGUUCUCUUGAAUCCGUGGACAGACAUGAGAGAGAGUGUGAAUACAGUCGAAUUCCUUGCACAAAUACUAGUGGAGUAUACAUGUGUUACCGAUGUGGUUGCCCAAUGCAGGUUGAGCGACGAAACUUGGAGGCACACCUGGCCGUCUGCGAGUACCGUAGUAGGGAGUGUCCGAAUGGUUGUGGCUACACCAUUCUCAAUGCUGAUGACACUCAUCACAACUGUGUAGCAGAGCUGAGGACAGAGUUGGAACUGCUCAGGUCUGAGAUGAUAUGUAAAGUUGAAGAAGUAAGGCAUGAAAUGGAAUCCCGACUGGACUCGCAGAGACGACACAUGGUGCAGAAGGAAAGUCUACUUAAAAACGAAAUUGAGGAACUGAAGAGCCAGAUGUCGAGGGUGAUGUCAGAUGUGCGCACCUUGCUGGCGGCAGAGCGGCUGCACAGGCAGGACCUGGAGCAGGCCGAGCUGGAGAAGAGGGAGCUCGUGGAGUUGCUCAAGAGCCUGCAGCGAGAUGGCUAUGCUGGCAGCAACAUUGCCGAGGGGAGCAUCCGCAAAAGCAGCGGCUCCCGAACCCUUGCUCGCCUUGACAGUAUCAAGAGGAAACCCAGAGAGGUCACAGUCAUCUAAGCCUGGUUAAAAAAAAAAAAAAAAAAAAAAAAAAAAAAGCCUGCUUUCUCUCUUCCAUAAUUAGUUUUAAGAUGCAUCUUUUCAGACUGCAUUGUACCUCAAACAUGUAAAGUAAUAAAAGGGCCAUCAUGUGUUUAUAGGUUUAUGUGGAAAUUAACAUUUAUGUGGGAAUUUUUGCUAAUAAGACCAUUGUGUUCCUAAAUGUGAUAAGUUGUGAAAACAACCUUAGACUUGGUUUUAUAUCAUCCAGCUACUGUACCUAUUCAGAUUUUUCACUACCUUCUGAGUUUUUGGCAAGAUGAAAGAUUGGUUACGGCUUACUAAGACAUAGUAACACUGUUUUCAGAGGCCUUUACCAAGACGAUUGGAUUACAGCUAGCCCAUGGCAUAUUCAAGUACAAAGAAACUGGUGCUGGGAGGAUACACUGAUUUAGACAACAUGGUGUCUAUGCAAUUAUACAGCUCAGGUCCUGAAAUCAGCUCUGGAAACUGCCAUUCAACAAUUGAAGAACCUUUAUUGCAUUAAGGAAGUGAUAUCACUGCCACCUGUGGACUAAAGUAGAAACAAAUACAACAUAUUUUAUUAUUAUUUUGGGUCAUUGAAGUUGUAUUACCUUUUGAAGUUAGUCAUACACCAAAAAAAACCUACGCAAUUUGGACAAAUGGUAUGCAAUGUUUAAUUUUAUUUUUUUCUACAACAAAUGACUAAGUAAUACCUAUAUAUUGUAAAAGCAUAAACUAUGCGAUUCCCAUACAAUUUAAUUAGUAGUUUUUUUGUUCUCUGUAAGGUAAAGAAUGCAGCCAAACAAUGUCUUGGUGCUUUGUUUUAUAAUUUUGGAAAUAUUCUUCCUUAGUAGUCAUAAUUUGGUAAAUGUAUAUCUUUCUGAAUACAGUACAUGUCUUUUAGAUUUUUGUUCUAUCAUAAUAAUGUUGUACUAUGUACGCUGCCACUAAGACUUUUGUACAUACUUGAAUUUUGGAUCAAGUUAUUUUCAGAUCAAGCAGUUUAUCAUCCCUAAGAAUAUUUCAUUGAAAAUGUGCACAAAGUACUGUAUAAAUUGACAAUAAUUAUUCCAGUGUGAUCAUGCCAUAACCUUUGUUUUUCACAGUUAUAAUCACAUUUGAGAUAAAAAAUUAAAAAGUACUAUAUGUUUUUCACAAAUAAAAUCUUGUACAAAUGGUCAAAAAGAAAUGUGAACUUUUUUGUACCAUUCAUAUUUUUUGUACCAAGUCACAUUAAAGAAAUCUGGAAACUACAACACUACAGAGUGCCUCCUCAACUUGAUUUCCCAUAGUUAAUCUCAUGGGAAAAAAAAUGGACAGGGACACUUUUUUUUUUAUAUUUUUGAAUUACCUAUUGGUAUACAUUAAUUAAAUUUGCUGAGAAUCUCUGUAUUGCACCAUGUGCAGAAAAUGUAAUUUUUGUAGAAACAGAAUACUAUAUACAAUACAUUAAGAAAUGCUUCAGAUCUAGUGGAUCCCUUAUUACCAAUUGACUAUUCUGUAAUAUAUUUACAAUAUUUAAUUGCUGAAAACCACUUGGCAAGUUGCUACAGAUGUACUCUCUUUUUUCCCUUUUUUGGAACACCAAUACUACAAACAGAAUCCAGUAAACAUGUUUGCAAAGCUAUCCUAUAUCUACCAGUUUUCAGGGAUGCCCAGCCCCAAGAAAUUCUGUUACAUUAUUGAAGUUCAUAAACUGAACUUCAAUUUUACAAACACUUGUGAACAGCCCACUGAUAACCUGUCAUAUUACUUGCCCUGUUGUCAAAUUAGUACAUAUUGUAUGUUCUUCAAUUAACUGCAAAUUCUGUAUGUAACAGAGCCUGGAGUGUAUUACAUUCGUACAAUUGAAAAUGCAAUAAUGCGCCUUCCAUCUCUGAUACUUACAGGAAAGUACUUUAUUAUAUAAUGGUACAGAGGUUAUAUUGUAAUCAUUUUUCUUGACUAUAAAUGUAAAGGCCACGAUACAUUAUGCAAUUUCAGUUUGCAGCCUGUGAUUGCACGGUGCAAUAAUGAUGCGAUAACCAUGUAAUUGGGCUCUAUCUGAUUGCAUCCUAUCGCAAGCUAUCAAGCAGGGUUUUAUUUUCAUGCAAUCGGUUGCAGUCGCCCUGAACAAGUAUCCAAUCAGUGAGCAAGGAGGAGUCACAUGACCACAUCUACGUUGACAGUAAAGAACGUGAGAGGAGAGAGCUAGAAGCAAUGUCCCCCUCUGCUUCUGUACUCAGUCAUACACAUGAAACUGGUCAAUUUAAACAUUUUAAUAACAAUAAUGGAAGGAGAAAUAAAACUAACUUAAUCAAUUUAAGUAGCUAACCAAUGAAAUGUUAGCAAAUUAUUCCAACCGAAGUACAAAAGGUGAGUUAUUUGUGGGGUUUAAUAAAGUGUAUACGUGUUGAGUGUUUAACGUUUUAAAUAUAAAACUUACC